AUGGGCGCCGCCGCCUCACGUCCGUGCUCCGUGCUCAGCGUCAUGCGCCCUGAGGACGACCCCAUCUUUUCCUUGUACAUCCUUGCGACGGUCGCCGAUUGGCAGGAGCUCGUGUGGAAGCAGCACAUCCAUCCGGUCUACAUCCCCGUGGCUGUUCUCUCUCUCGUGCAUGCGGUGCGCAUUAGCCAUGCCACGCGCAUGCUCAGUGGCGCCGCGCGCGCGCAGCUAGGGCUCUUCCAAAGCCUUGUGCUUAACAUGAUUGUGCUAUUCGGAUCGUCGACACUCCUAGCCAUGCUCCUCGGUCUCCCUGCGCCCAUCCUCCUUUCGCCCGUGGCCAUCGUACUGUACUCGAGCGUGCAUCUUGUGCUGGAGUCGACCGGCCUGGGUCUCGCGCUUGUGCGCCUGCACACGAGUGCUAGCACAGGCCUCGUGAUCGACCUCGUCGUCGCGGCGAUCGACGCCAUCUGCCGUUCCGAGGCCAUCGCGAAUAUGGGCAACACACUGAUCCGGCAACACUCGAACCCACUCGUAGCCAAGUCGCUCCUCGUCCAGAUCCUCGCUGGUGCACUCAUUAGUGGUGGCGUCCCUCUCAUUGCGGCCACGUUCCAGCUGCAUUCGCCGCAAGGGCACUGGCAGCUCCUUACGCCGCCCUGGCUCAGGGAUGCCUCGUUGCUCAUGUACGCCGACCUAUGGGGCGGCGCUCUGGUGGCCCUCGUCAUGACGCUGCUCACGAGUGGCGACGUUGAAGCGCGCUUCCCAUGGCUUCCUCGGCCUGCUCCCCGCCUUGCACUCUGGCUCCAAGCGGCGCGGAAGCUCGAUCUGCACAGCGUCAAGAACGUGCCGUAUCUGCCGCUUCGUGAGGCCAAAGCCGUGGGUGCUGCGCUUCUCUUCGUAUGUCUGCUUGUGCCGGUUGUCGUGCGCAGGCUCGGCCGCCCUCAGCGCAUGCCUCGCCGGCCAGCCAGGAAGGCACGCAAAACCAAGUAG